UCAAAACGCGAGGAGUACAGUGUUUUAGUGUACGCAAAGUGAUUCGAUGGAUACAAUUUUACACAAAGUUCAUACGGCAGGGAAACGAUUGUAAAAAGCUAGCAAAAUGAUGGAAUCGUGUUUAAAUGGGAAACCCGAACGGGCGACAGCUAUAACCGUAGAAGAUCUGAAGAGAAACUUGUCUGAUGACUUUUCCGACAUUUCAUCACUAUCUCAGGACUCCCUAUCAGACAAAGAACAUUUGCAGGUGUAUCUACGAGUAAGACCAUUCACCAACUCUGAACAGGAAGCUGGUGAAUCGCAGGGAUGUGUAGAAGUGCAGGGUCCGGAUACAGUGGUGUUCAAGGCGCCCAGAAUCUCUCUGCCGGGCCGACUCAGCGAGAAGCCUGUCCAGACGGGCCAAAAGUUCCGUUUCUCUCAGGUGUAUGGACCAGAAACUACUCAGCGACAGAUGUUUGAAGGAGCAGCUAAAGGACUCGUAAAAGAUGUACUCGAGGGAGGAAAUUCGCUUGUCUUCACAUAUGGAGUGACCAAUGCUGGGAAGACAUUUACGUUUUUGGGCCCCGAGUCGGAUGGCGGUAUAGUGCCACGUUCCCUGCGGGUGAUCUUCCAGAGCAUUGAGGGCCGCAUCUACACCCAGAACAAUAUCAAGCCCCACAGGUGCAUGGACUUCACCCGGCUCACUAAGCUCCAGCAGGACGAGGAGUCCACCAGCAAGAGGAGCCUACUGAAACGCUUGAAAGAGACUGACGCUCAGAAAAGCCUGACAUGCAAAACAUUACUGGAAGGUUCGACCUCCAGUGACAUUGACAUGCAGUCGGAGGAGGAGUGUGUGAGUUUGGACGCCGACCCAAACAUGAAGUUCUCUGUGUGGGUGUCGUUCUGCGAGAUCUACAAUGAGUCCAUUCAUGACCUGCUGGAGGUGCUGCCAAGCGGCCCGCCGCGGAGAACAGCCCUGCGCCUCUCGCAGGACGUCAAGGGCAAUACGUUUGUCAAAGAUCUGAAAUGGAUUCAGGUGAACAGCGCCGAGGAGGCCUACAGAGUCUUGAAGAUCGGCCGCAGGAACCAGAGUUUCUCCUCCACCAAGCUCAACACAUUGUCCAGCCGAAGCCAUAGCAUAUUCUCCAUCCGCAUCCUGAGGGUAGAAGACGUGGGGGUUCCUAGAGUCCUGACCAUCAGCGAGCUGUCUCUGUGUGACCUGGCGGGGUCUGAGCGGUGCGCCAAGACCCAGAACAGGGGCGAGCGGCUGAAGGAGGCCGGCAACAUCAACACCUCGCUGCUGACCCUGGGCAAAUGCAUCACCGCCCUGCGCCUCAACCAGACACAACCCAAGUUCCAGGCCCACAUCCCGUUCCGUGAGAGCAAGCUGACCCACUACCUGCAGGGCUUCUUCUGCGGCCGGGGCAAGGCCUGCAUGAUCGUCAACAUUAAUCAGUGCGCCUCCAUGUACGACGAGACCCUGAACGUGCUCAAGUUCUCCGCCGUCGCACAGAAGGUGGUGGUCCUCAGCACACGGCCCCCAGCGCCCGAGCCCAAGAAGUCCGGCCGGGAGGUGUCGUUCAUCAUCAACGAGGCCGACCGCCACCACCUGUGGGGCAGGAGGAGAAGCACGCUCAUCGCCUGGGAGACCACCCUGGAGGACGUGCAGGAGGACGAGGCCAGCGAGGAGGAGGAAGAAGACGAAGAGGAGGAGGAGGAGAGCGCUGAUGAGACCAUGGCAGAGGGCACUGUCUUGGAGGCUGGCGAGGAAGAGGAGGAUGAUUCUCGGCAUGAGGAGGUGAAGGAGCUGCGGAGGAAGUUGGCGCAGCAGCAGGCUGAGAAGUUGGCUCUGGAGUGCCGCAUCCGGGAGGAGGUCACCUCGGAGUUCAUGGAGCUCUUCUCCAAGAUGGAGAGUGACUACAACGAGCGACUCCAGAAAGAGAAGGAGAUCAUCGAGGAGCGAGCAGAGCACCGCCUGGAGAUCCUCAAGGAGCUGGUCAAGAAGAAUGCCAGCGAGUUCGCAGAGGUUGCCAAGGAGGAGUCCUCCAAGGAGGAGCGUAUGGAGUUCAUGGACAACAUGCUGGCCGCCAUGCGUAGCGACCUGGCCAAGAUCAAGCAGGACGCCGAGCAGGCCCAGACCAUGCUGGUGGUCGCCGACGGCGCCGGGACGCCCAGGGCAACGGUGUCCGCGGCGACGGAAACGGAGGCGGUGACGGAGCUUCGUAAGCAGCUGGAUGAGAUGGCUGAGGAGCUGCUCACACGGCAACAGCUGCUGGGCAUCAAGAGCACCGAGCUGGAGCGCGUGCAGGCCAAGGCAGAGAGGAGCACCGAGCAUCUACUGGAGAUCCAGGAGAAUUAUGAGCGCCAGACAGUGAAGGUUCAGGAGCUGAUGGCCAUGUGUCAGCAGAAGGACGAGAUGAUGGCCAAGCUCCAGGAGGCUCUGGACCACAGUGUAGAGGCUACCACUAAAGAUAGGUCCUUGAUCGACUCCAUCAGAGAGGAGAUCUUGCGCUUCAGGCAGAGCUGCAGGUGUGGUGCUAAUGACGAGGCCUCUGAUCUCAGACAGAACGACGACACGGUGUCGAUGCGCGCGGAGCUCGGUCGGCUGCGGGCGGAGAGCGUGGCCAAGGACCAGCGCCAGAGGGAGGCGUCCCAGAGGCUCUACUCCAUGGAGCAGACCGCCCAGGAGCUCCAGGCGGCCCUCGCCGACGAGACGCAGCUCCACGAGGCCACGCUCACCUCCCUGGAGAAGGAGAGGCAGGAGAUGGCCGCCCUGGAGGCCGACAGGAACGCCGUAGCGGAGGACCGCGAUCGCCUAAAGAUCGCCAACGACGAGCUAAGGUCAAAGGUUGUUGCCGUAGAGACGGAGAAGGCGGACGUGGAGGCAGGCUGGAAGGUGCUGGCGGAGGAGCGCGACAGGCUGAGGGCGGAGAACGAGGCGCUCGCUGACGAUGCUCAGCUGCACAACGCCACGCUCGCCUCCUUGGAGAAGGAGAGGCAGGAGAUGGCCGCGCUGGAGACGAACAGGAACGCACUGGCUGAAGAUUGCGAUCGCCUCAAGAUCACCAAUGACGAGCUGAAGUCAAAGCUCGACGCUGCGGAAACCGAGGCGGCGUCCCUCAAGGCCACCAAUGACGAGCUGAGGUCAAAGAUGGAUGCCGCGGAGACCAAGAUGGCUACGCUCGAGGCGGACAGGAACUCGCUGGCCGAGGAACGCGAUCGCCUCAAGGCCACCAGCGACGAGCUGAGGUCAAAGGUCGACGCCGCGGAAACCGAAACGGCGUCCCUCAAGGCCGACAGGAACACCCUUGCGGAGGAACGCGACCGUUUGAACGUCGCGAACGCCGAGCUGACCUCGAAGGUUGACGAGGCAGAGAAGGAGGUGAAGGGACGCUCCAAGGACUCCGCCAAGGUCGACGAUGAGUUACGCGCCGCCCAGGCGCUGGCGAACCGGCACGAGGAAGACGCCCUGGAGAAAUCCAAGAUGGCCGCUGCUCUGGAGAAGGACGUGGAGAGGCUCAAAGCGGAGGUGGAAGCCCUACAAGCUAGCCACCUCCAGGCUCAGGCUAGCAAUGGGAGUGGUGAUGGUAACAAUGGCUCUGGUGGUGCUAGCGACGGGCAGGCGUUCGGCGAGGCGCUAACAGGCUUGCAGCAGGAGUGCGAGUCGCUGGCUCUCCAGUCGCGGGAGAAGAGGGAGCGCAUCAGGGAACUGGAGAAGGAGCUGGAGGACGCUCGCUUACAGAUGCAGCAGCUGGAGGAGGUGUGUGGGGAGCUGGAGGCGCUGUGUGAGCACCAGCAGAGAGAGGCCCAGAGCCUACAGAGCCAGCUGGAGGCCGAGAGGAGCGCCCUCGCCACAGCCCAGAGGGGGCACGCAGACCUCCUGCAGGAGACGCAGGGGCUGAGGGAGCAGCUGUCCCAGGCGAAGGAGAAGGAGGAGACGCGGAGGGCGAGUAGGGAGCAGCAGCAGGAGCCUGCUGCAGAGCUCCCGGAGGAGACACGAGAAGGGCUGCUGCAGGAGGCCAGGGAGAGGGUGGCCGAGCUGGAGAGGAGGCUGCAGGAGGCCGACACCCAGAGGAGCAGCCUGGAGGAGAAACUGAGGGAGGCGCAGAGCCAAGAUGGCGGAACAACAAGAGGAGGAGGAGGAGAAGAUCAGCAGGGGGCAGAGACGGCAGGGAUGCAGAAACUGCUGACGCAGCACGGAGCCAACAUGGAGGCUCUCGCCAAAGAACUCUCAGAGCGUAAGGAGCAGGUGCAGGAGAACCUGGAGGUGAUCCGCAGCCUGGGCCAGGACCUGAAGCUCAGGGACCGGGACAUCGCCUGGCUACGCGAGCGACUCAGGGAGCGUGAGUCCGAGAUCGAGCAGCUACUCUACAAAAUAAGCCGUAUCAAUGAUGAGAACAGUGCCCUGCAGAGGCGGGUCAGUGACACCGAGAGACUGAAGAACGAGGCGAUGAGGCUCAAGGAUCAGACCAUACUGCAGAUGACGACAGAUCAACCCUCCACAUUGGCUGACAGUCCCCAUCCUUCCUCUAAAGUCUCUCCGGACCUACCAAUUAAGGAGCAGAUCAUCCAGCAUCUGCGGUCGAGGCUGACUGAGCAAAUAUCUCCUGCCCAGCAGGAGGAGCUACUGGACGCCAAGCUGAAGGAAGUGGAGUCCCUCACAGCAGAGCUGAUGAGUCUGAAGGAGUGUUGUCGGCAGGAGGGCGUCAGCGUGAACUCUGGUGUCAGCCGCAGUGAGCUCUCAGACGGCCGGCCAGACGAGACCACUCGACUGAAAAUGGAGGUCCCUGUGCCUGCUGCUGCAGCACCAGAACUGGGGUCAUCCCGCUCCAGGAGUCAUGGCCCAGCGGAGGAGCAGACGCCCCAACAGACCUCCUCUCCUGUGGGGAACCAGGCUCCAGAGAGGCCCCUCACCAGCAUGUUCACUCAGCCGAACAGCCCUGUCGCCACGGGUGACGACCUGCGACAAGGUCAAAGGUCGCCGCAGGAGGAAGAGUUGCAUAAGAAGGAAGAAAAGAUGAAGAAGGAGAAGGAAGAAAAGAAGAAGGAGGAGAGUGAAGACUCAUCUGACCCAAGACCAGAGGGCGAGAGGAGGCAAGAAGAAAACUCGGAGGUCAAUGGCAGACUCUCACCACCCCAGGGAGAUGAUACCACCUCCCGGACACAAGAGGUGUCAAUUCUGGACGCGUCAGAGGUGACCUGGAGCUGCUCGCGGGCCCGCCGCUUCCCCAACCAAUCAGAUCUGGAUGUCAGCUUCACCCCACCCACUGAGCGCAUAAACAAAUGGGUGGCGUGGGACAGUGAAGAGCGGCCCAAACCCACGCCACGUCUCAGGCAGAGCACGCAGAGCAAGAGCACCACCAAGCUACGACGCACCUCACGCAAGAGGAAGAAGGCAGAGGGCCAGGGGCAGUCUGAGAACCGGGCUGAAGAGGACAAGCCAAAGAGCUCCAGUCCGCUGAAGAGACGCUCCAAGAUGAACUAUCAAGAGUCUCCCACGGUGCUGGGCAAGGUGGCUAGCCAGAUCAUCACCCAGCAGGACUCCUCUCCGACACCUCUCCGCAGCAAAGGUGCUGCUCGCUCGGUGAAGAAGGCCUCCACCACCUCCGUCUCCAGCACGUCUUCAGAGCCAGAGAACACCCAGCAGCUGGCAGGCAAGCAGCCCCGACGCACCAAACGCAAACUCUACAAGGCCAACAACCACGGGCCCCUGGACCUCGGCAGCCCACUGGCCAUGGUUCCAGACCAGGAGGAUAAAGAGGGUGACCACCUGAUCAUCAAGAGGAAACUGAGAACCCGGACAGCCAAGAUCUGAUCUGAAGACGACCAAAGAUCCUCCACACUCAAGAGGAGGCAAUCCCAUAACCCAUUGUACAGUACAGACUCAUUAUAAUGUAAAAAAUAUGAAUCACAAUGGAAAAGACUUUUUUUCAAAUUGUUGUUAGUGGACAUGAUGUUUAUUGUUGUAUGAUUGGACCCAUGUUGUACAAACACUAUCAAAACACACUGUAAUCCCCCAAUUACUUUGUAAAAAUCCACAAAAGAGACGCUUAUAUCAUUUCAUACAGUAUUGCUCAGAUUUGCAGUGGACGCCCAAAGUCUUGCAUUGUGCUCAGGCAAAAGAACAGAAGUUGUGUGUUUAUGAACACAUUACUCUGUCUUGUUGAUUUUAAAGAAAAUGAUAAAAGAAGUGUUGUAAAUGUAAUUAACCUCAGUUAGUUUUCUUGAAGUCUACUGUAUGUGCUUUUUCCUCUCUGAACAAUGGCAUUCAUCCACACAGCCCGACCUUGUUUUGUAUUCAAGACUAGCAAAGGCAAGUUUGUUUUCAAAAGUUUUUUAAGCUAAAUAAAAUUCAAAUAUGAAUGAAAA